GCGAAUCACGUUUUAGAAUUUAGUCAGAUGAUAUCUGACAUUCACUCGAUUGGCUGGAAAAUUGGUUACCGUUUCUAAACUGCUGAGAGUUUCUCUCGGCUCAGUGACGAGCGAUUGAUGUCAUUUGUUUCGUAUAAAGCUUUGACCAUGAAGAAAGCUCUAGUUAUAAUUUUAGUGUUUGUGCUUCUCAAUUCUCUUUACUUGGAAGCAAAUUCGGCAAUGAUUCGUCCUUACGAACUUCAUAAACUACGCAAGAGAGAAAUUAAUGAAAGAGUUGGCGACUAUAUUCCUAGAGAAGAUUUAAUUCAAGGAAGAAGUAGAAUUACUGGACGUGAAGUAUUUUUACCGGGUAUAAGUGGGAGAAGACAUAAUUCAGAAGACGAAGUUGAUGAAAAUUUAUAUGAAGAU